AUGGAUCCUCAAUUAUACAAAGCAGCCCAAUCGGGUGAUUCAGAUGUUAUCAGACGGUAUGCAGAUCGGCUUGAUUCUCAGCUGACUCCGAACAAUAAUACAGUCCUUCACAUAUUAGCACAAUUCUGUGACUCUUCAUAUGCUGUUGAGCAGAUUCUUGGAAUAAACCACUCCUUGCUGUGCAAACAAAAUGCAAAAGGUGAUACUGCCCUGCAUGUAGCUGCUAGAAACCGGUACUCUGGUGUCGUGCGAGCUCUUAUUGAUUGCGCAAAAGAUGGUGAAAAGCCUGACAAACAUAACUCUGAAGGGAGGAUAAAGAUGCUGAGACUGACUAAUGACGAUAAAGACACAGCCCUGCACGUGGCUGUAAGGACAAACUGCUACGACAUUGUGGAACUCUUGGUAAAACAAGAUGAUGAGCUUCCACACCCCCGGAACAAGGCAGGGGAGAGCCCUCUUUAUCUUGCUGUUGAGAGGGGAUAUCAUGAUAUUGUGGAUCUGAUUUUAGGAACUUGUAAAUCACCAUCUUAUCAUGGUCCUCAUUGUACAACGGCCUUGCAUCGUGCAGCAAUGGGGAACUCCUCAGGUAAUGCUUAG